UCCCCAGUCAUGAAAUUAAUAGAUCGUCGCAGGUGUUGAAAUUUAUUUAUCUUUUUUUUUUUUCUUAAAAAUUAUUAAGACAAAUUUCGGUAAAUUUCAAAAUUUUUUGGGAAUGGCGAUUGAAGGUGAUAAACGGCUGCUUCACAUAUAUAAAUACCCGCAGAGUCCCAGCCAGACUGUAAAUAGUUCACCGGCGCAAGCAAUAACCAGCCAGAAUGAGGAACGGGAACGGGACAGGGAACGCGAUCUCAAUCUUGAGCGCGCCUCCAAGUAUGGCACUAUCUGUUGGCAUCUCAGUCUGGUCAUAUUAAUCUGCACAAUGGUUCUGGCGUUGCUGUGGACGGUUUACUUAAGCGUUGAUUACUACUCCUGUACGACAGAGCAGCGCUUUGCCCAAAUGCGUCAAGACUUUGUGGUUAAGGAACGACGGCGCCGUUUGGGUGGCAGUUUGGGUCUAACUCCACUGGAGGAGGUUGCCAAUCAGCGACUGCUGGCUAUUAAGCGGGUGGACGAGGAAAUGCAUCAAAUCUGGAGCGAUUAUCAGCCACGUCCCCAUUUUCUUGCCAAAUACCAAAUCAACGAAACGGAUCUCUAUAGUGCUCUGCGUAGCAUGCCCAAGGGUGGAUUGUUGCAUGUCCACGAUGCGGGCAUGUUCAAGACGGAGCUGCUCAUCGAGCUGACCAAUUACGCCGAUCUGUGGGCAUGUGUUGACAUCGAUGGCUCCUUCGAGGACUUUCGGUUCUCUAGCGCUAUCCCGCAAAUUAAGCCACAGGGUGAUUACAAAUGCCAAUGGAUGCUGAUGAGCAACUUUCACAUGCAGGACUCCACGUCAUACAGGGAUAAACUGCGUGCCACUUUGUCCAUGGAUGCCCAUAGCUAUACCAAUGCCACCCACUUGGCCAAUCAUUUGAAACGGGCGCAUCGCUUAAUCCAUGGCUUAAUCACCUAUCGACCAAUGUGGCCAACCUUUUUAUUCUCCAUGCUAGAGGAUUUCUACGCCGAUGGUGUCACUUACGUAGAGCUGCGCUCCUCGCUUCCAAUUAUGUAUGAUUUGUCCGGCACGAAUUAUACCAUAUGGGAUACGGCCAAUUCGUUGAUAACCAUCACAAAUAUAUUCCGUUCCACUCAUGAUGAUUUCAUUGGCAUCAAGUUGAUCUAUGCACCUGUGCGCGAUUACAAUGACAGCAGCAUGCAAGACUAUCUACAAAUUGCUCGCUUUUUGAAGGCCAAGUUUCCCAAGUUUUUCAUUGGUUUCGAUUUGAUAAGCUUCGGCGACGAGUGCCAAUUCCAACCGCUGGGAAGUGCGAUUCAACUUCUGCACAUUAGCAAGGAAAUCGACUUUUAUUUCCAUGCGGGCGAAUCGCGCUGCCAGAACACCACAACCAAUUUGCCCGAUGCAAAUCUCAUUGAUGCCCUGCUCCUGGGCAGUAAGCGAUUGGGCAAUCCGCUCAAUUUGCCACUGCAUCCGGAAAUGCUGCGGGUCAUGAAGCUGCUUAAGAUUGCAGCUGAAGUGUGUCCACUGUCCAAUCAUUAUAUGCAAUAUGUGAACGAUUUUAGUCAGCAUCCGGCAGCAUAUCUCAUUUCUGCCGGUUAUCCAAUUGUAGUCGGAUCGGAUUAUCCGUACUUCUGGAAUGCAGCACCGCUCACCGAUGAUUUCUAUGUGGCCUUUGUGGGCAUUGCUAAUGGGCAGGCAAAUCUACGUCUGCUUAAGCAGCUAGCCAUGAACUCAUUUCUGUACAGCGCCUUAACUGAGGAGGAAAAACAUAAUGCUCUAUCCAAGUGGCACAAUAAUUGGGAUCAUUGGGUUGACAACUUUGUGCGCCGAACUUAAAGGAACUGAUUUAUUUAGAUUGUUUUUGAUAUGAAUUGUUCGACAAACAUUUUAACAUUUUAUUAAAGUAUCAUGCCUUUCCAACCAA